ACCAACACCUGCAUUUGCAGAGCAUCAACAGUACAACACCAACAGCAACCAUGUUCAAGCGAUUUUUUGGAGAGCACGGCGCAAAGAACGUCGUGACGCUCUUCCACGCGCCUUCGAACCAAGCUUCCACUCGCGUCCUCACCCUCCUCAAGCAAGCCAACGCACAAUCAGUCUCGCAUGCAACUGAAGACCAGGCCAGCUCUCACCAAGCGCAGGACAAGGCUGAGCGCACAGAAUUCGAGCUCGAUGUCACAGAAGCCCCACCGACAACCGACCAGCUCAAGAACAUUCUGGACUACUUGGGCGGAUCGGGCGCUGCAGGCAAAGUUAUCAGCGGGGCGGAGAACGAGACAGACGCCAUGAGGAGAUUGAAGGCGGACGGAGGCGCCUUCCAGAGACCGCUUGUCGUGGACUGGAAUCAGGGAAAAGCUGUCGCUGGAGAGAACGAGAGCGAGAUCAUGAAGCUGAUACGGUCGGUACCGAAGGAGACGGAGAAGGUGUAGAGCGUGGAGAGAUGUGAUAUUUACUAUACCCACUCCACUCAGCCUGUGAUUUCGGAUACUACAUACUGGAAAGUACUAUUGGCUUUCGAGAUUGCCUCUGGACCCGGUAUGUCUAAAGGCUUCACCGCUCAGUAGCUCGGGAAGAGACGUUUGGCUAGGCGGCCGAUAGCUGCGUCGCUGGUAAGACACUGAUGCAAACACAUGCAUAUGCAAAAGAAAUCCCCAAGAAAAGCUUCUUCCAACGUCCUGUAAGGUGUAGGUGUUGUAUUUCCUUACUUCUCGUCGCGUCCUUGUGCUUCAUCAUGUCGAAAUCCUCGGUGACUACGUCUCUCUGUUUCUGUUCUUUUCCAGUCACUCAGCAUCUUCACAAGUCACGCCAAAGCUACACUGAGACCAAU